CUAGCAUCGAAAUGUAAUUUUGGCUUUGGCUUGCUUAGUGCUGGUACCCCCACUAAAGCAAAGUAGAACCCCGCCAUCAUCAAGCAAACCUAUCCUUGGAAGCGUUUUUGCAGUGACUCGGCCGACUCUUCCAUUCUCUCUCGACAUAUUUCCCUCCUCCUCCUCGGUCAUUGACCACUAGAGCAACUUCUUCCUGACACCACAUUCACCAUGGCACUCCCACUUCUAGCCGGCAUUGACAUCUCGCAGCAGCCCUCUACUGGCCUCUCAGCCAACGACCUUUCGCGACUAGGCAAUGUAUACCUCGAUGCCACUCCCGAGAACGUCGACGAUACCAUAUCCUACAUCUUCUCGCACUUCCGUUCAUACUCGAUAUCCGUCAACGUCACCACUCUUCCCGACAAUGCGCAGGUCACCUCGUUGUUGGAUGCCGGUGCCGCGAGAGUUUUCGUUUCCCACAGACAGCUAGAGACGAUCCAGGGCUCCGUUGACGACACUCGCCUGGUCCUCUUGCUCGAGCCCGAUGUUCAAAACAAAGAGAAGAUCAUUGACGCCAUCGCCAACACCUCGGUCGGAGUCUACGCGCACCAGAUCGAGGACAUUGACUUCAUUACUGGCUGGCUGCGGGAGUACGGAACGGGCGACAGACCCCCCGUUUUCGUGUCGUUCCGAGCUCCGGUCACCAUCGAGACCGCCGUGGCAGUAGGCAAACUCGCCGCUACACCGAUCAUCCCGCAGGAGGCUUUGACGACCGAUCCCGAGAAGAACCCCGAGCUGCUCUCGGUGGCAGAGAUCUUCAUGGCCGGUGUUACUUCCGACAGACCGGAUAAGCUCAUCGCCACGGUGGUUGUGGAUGAACAAGGUGUUGCUCUUGGCUUCGUCUAUUCUUCCGUCGAAUCCGUCAAGGAAAGUCUGCGGACGGGAACUGGAGUGUACCAGAGCCGCAAGAGGGGCCUCUGGUACAAGGGUGCUACGAGCGGCGCAGUUCAGGAGCUCGUCAAAAUCGACAGUGACUGCGACCAAGAUUGCUUGAGAUUCUUCGUGAGGCAGAAGGGCGCUGGCUUCUGCCACCUUGAAACCGCUACAUGCUUCGGCCAGUACACUGGUCUUCCCAAGCUGCAGCAGAUACUGCAGGCCAGGAAGGAAUCGGCGCCGGCGGGAUCUUACACUGCCAGACUCUUUUCGGAUCCGGCGCUUCUUCGGGCAAAGAUUAUGGAGGAGGCAGAGGAACUUUGCGACGCCACUGAAAAGCAGGAUAUUGCCUUUGAGGCGGCUGACCUGAUUUACUUUGCUCUCGCAAAGUGCAUAGCCGCUGGCGUGUCACUGACGGAUGUCGAGCGCAGUCUUGACGCGAAGAGCCUGAAGGUAAAGAGGCGGAAGGGUGACGCUAAAGGCAAGUGGGCCGAGAAAGAGGGACUGCCUGCAACUCCAUCUCAGCCUGUGAAAGCACCUGAGCCAGUGAAGAUCGAUGGCAGAAUUGAGAUGAGGCGCUUUGACGCAACUACUGCGACUCCCAAAGAACUCGAAGAUACCCUCCGUCGUCCUGCACAGAAGAACAUGGACAUCAUGGGAAUAGUCACACCUAUUAUCAACGAGGUCCGGACACGCGGAGACGCUGCUUUGAUUGAGUAUGCCGCCAAAUUCGACAGGGCAGUAGGUCUCAAGUCGGCCGUCAUCAAGGCGCCUUACCCAGCAGAGCUCAUGCAACUUGACGAGGAAACCAUCAAGGCGAUUGACAUUUCCUUUGAGAACAUCCGGAAGUUCCACGAGGGGCAGAAGGAGGAUAAGCCCCUUGUCGUCGAGACCAUGCCUGGUGUCAAAUGCUCGCGCUUCGUGAGAGCAAUCGAGCGUGUUGGAUGUUACAUCCCGGGUGGCACUGCAGUGCUCCCUUCCACAGCGUUGAUGCUCGGUGUCCCAGCACUCGUCGCCGGCUGCAAGCAGAUCGUGUUCGCCUCGCCACCCCGGCCCGACGGAACUUGCACUCCCGAGAUUGUCUAUGUCGCCCACAAAGUUGGUGCGGAUGCAAUCGUGCUUGCAGGAGGCGCACAGGCCGUUGCUGCACUGGCAUACGGAACCGAGAGCGUCCCCAAGGUGGACAAGAUCCUCGGUCCUGGAAACCAAUUCGUCACUGCCGGCAAGAUGUUUGUUAGCAACGACACCAGUGCUGGUGUGAGCAUCGACAUGCCCGCCGGUCCUUCCGAAGUUCUGGUUGUCGCAGACUCGGAUGCCAAACCGGCGUUUGUCGCGUCAGACCUGCUCUCGCAGGCAGAGCACGGAGUCGACUCGCAGGUCAUCUUGAUCGCUGUGGAUCUGACCGAAGAACAGCUGAAGGCGAUCGAAGACGAGGUCCACGAUCAGGCGAUGAAGCUGCCCCGCGUGGAUAUCGUCCGAGGCGCAAUUGCCCACUCUGUUACGCUGCAAGCAAAGACAAUCGAGGAGGCGAUCCGGUUGAGCAAUGUGUACGCGCCAGAGCAUCUUAUCCUGCAGGUCCGCGAGGCCAGCAAGAUUGUCGACUUGGUUGAGCACGCAGGAAGUAUCUUUGUUGGCGCGUGGACUCCAGAAAGUGUUGGUGACUACAGUGCCGGUGUCAAUCACUCGUUGCCUACUUACGGAUACGCCCGGCAAUACUCUGGUGUCAACCUGGGAACGUACAUCAAGCACGUUACAUCGUCGGAGCUGACGGAGGAGGGCCUCAGGAAUGUGGGUGCGGCCGUGAUGCAGUUGGCGAAGGUUGAGGAGCUGGAGGCCCACAGACGUGCGGUCGAGAUCAGGCUCGAGUACGCUGACAGCAAAAAAUAAGCGGCUGGUUGAAGUUGUGGAUUUAUGACUGCUAUGUAGACUUUUUCUUCUUGUUUUGCGGAUAUAUUGGUUCCCUUGCAUUUCUGGGGUACAUUGUAUGGAAGUUGUUGCUGUGCGACCUCGGUGUUGACAUGCCUCCUGGCGGCGAUAAACAUAGUUAUUUUCAC